AUGAUCUCAUUAAUUUUCAUCUUCAUCAUAACUAUGUAUGCUUAAACAUAUGUUGGAUAAAGUCCAUGUAACCUAUUAUCAUCAACAGAUUGUGGAACAGAUGCAAUUAAUGGUAAAGGCUGGUGUUAUUUGGAUACGUAAAUUUAUGACAAUAAUAUGAUAGUGUUACAAAUACAUGUUAAAAUUUACCAUGUUAUCUUAUUGAUGAAGUAGCUGCCUGUCGAACAGGAGGAUCAUUAAUAACUGGUGGUGCAAAUUUAGAGUGUGAUUCCUUAGAGACAUUUAGUCUAUAAUAUGAUAAUGUGUGUUGCGAUAAGAAUCUUGGAAAAUUGAAUUAUGCCUUUGUAAGAUUCACUAUGAAUUUUGAUGGAUAUGUUGAUUAAACUAAUGAUACCCCUCCUAUUCCUAUGGCAUCUUUAGUUAUUACUACCAGUGUCAAACACAUGUUUAAAUUGUAUACAAUCAACCCUUGGCUGGUAUCCUUGGAAACAACUGAAGCCAAUUUUCAAACUAAACUAAUUGCUAUCUUAGAUAAAUACUUAGAAAGUACUACUCGAAAUGAACUACUUACGUAAUCAAGAUCUCACCCUUUCUACUUAGAGAGAACAGUCUACUAAGCUUUAUAACUACUCAGAGAUUGGACUGUCAUGCAUAAAUCUACUAUUUCUCUUAGAAAUGCCAUUCUCCCUAAGAUUAGAAGUGUAGCUCUUGUUGCUUUAACUAGAAUGACAAAAUUUCAACCAAACUAUUAUCAAACCAACUAUUAUUUUGUUAAUUUUGCCAUCAUUCCUUACUUUAGAAACUCACUUAAGAUUUCAGGUUAAUUACACACUUUGACAAUUGAUUGGAGUGGUUAUGCUUAUACUGAUAAUGGUUAUGUGAUGGUGUAUUCAUAUGCCCCAGAAUAAUUUGGUAUAAUUAAAGCUUAUUCUGAUAUUGUUUGCAUUCGUCCAUUCCUAGGAAAUAGUGUAACAUAUGUAGAUGCUGAAAAUAAUUAUGAUAAUGCUUUUUCUUCAAUUAAAUUUACUUAUUAUUGGUCAGAUACUACUCAAACUAUCAGCGACCAAACAAAGGUUAAAUUAUUUAAAAUUAGUGAUGAUACUUAAACUAUUACAGAUACAUUAGCUACUUUUAACUGUGUUGCUGCUACAAGAACUUGUACAAUUACUGCUAAUUAUUCACCUUCUCCUACUCCAACAGACGGUAAAGGUCAAAAUUAUUUUAUUGGUCAUGCCGACUAUAAUCUAUAACAAAGUGAUAAAAAAAGAGCAUAAUGUAUCUUGGCUUAUAAGACCUGGACAACUACUUGCGCUUGA